AUGGACCGCAAAGGCAAGCGACCUGCUCGUGAGCUUGACGGCGUCGGCUCGCCAGGCCCAUCGACUCUCGCUCGCCGCCGAGUCGAGCCUCCCGCCACCCCCGAGUCGAUGGUCGCUGGUCCGUCUCGUUUCCAAGGUGCACUUCGCGAAUCGUCUUCCCCGACGGGCUCCCAGCGAGUACAACCUCCCACUCGUUCCUCACGCGAUGACGCUACCGAACCCCUCCGGCCCGUUCCCGAACAACCCGAUGAUGACGAGGACGAGCGCCCCGCCGACGAUUCGUACACGGUUCUUGAGGACACGAAGGAUACCUGGGCCUGGGACCUUGCCGUUCUCCUCCUGGAGCAGUUCCGUCCGCAAGAAGUCGUGCUCAGUACCGGUGCGCCCGACAAGCUUACCAACGCUGUUGAAGAGUUCUCCUACCCCGCCACGAAGCUCGUGCUCCUCCCCGCGAAGAAGUUCCAACACGCCGCAGCACUGUACUACGUCUCAGCCAUCCGGUUGCCGCGGGAACAGCGCGCAGUCAGCGACUGGUCCGUCAGCCAGGGCGAUCCGGCCCUCCUGGACGAGGAGAGUGUGGACUUUGCGCACGAGGAACUCGACCACGGCAUGGGCAAGAUGCGCCUCAGCCUGCUCAAGAUGGGAUGCAGAGUCAAUGUCCAUGCUCCGUUUGCUGUAGGCUUCGUUGCCAGGCUCACUCCAGCCCUCCUGAACACGACCGUGACACCCCUGGGCCGCAAACUGCUGCACACCUGGCUUCUGCGCCCGCUCAUCAGCAUCCCCCGAAUAAAGGAGCGCCACGACGCCGUCGAAGCCUUCAGCGCGACAGAGCAUGCCCAGCUCCGCAAACUCGUCAAGAAGGAGCUGAAGGGCGUCAAGAAUCCGGUCAAGUUCCUGCACAUGAUCAAGAGUGGCAGGGCCUCUUAUCGCCACUGGAAGGAUCUCGUGGAUACUCUGAACGCCGCCGAGGCCAUCAGCGAGGCACUCGUCGUUGUCGGUCUGCAGACGGAUCUUAACGUCAUCAAGCAGCUGGCUGGUGGGCUCACUGAGGCUGUGAAGCUGUUUCAUCUCGAUACCAUCGACUGGGACUCCUCGCGAGACGAGGGAAGGGUGUGCAUCCGCAGCCAGAUCGAUGAGGAGCUAGACCAGUGGCGCGAAGAUUAUGCCGGACUCGUGCCACGAGUCUCGCCCGACUUCUGCACAACGAUCAACGUCAUCUACCUUCCCCAGCUGGGGUGCAUGGUGACUGCCCACGACGUGAAGGACCUCGACGCUGUGUCUCCCGACUGGGAACAGCAGUUCAGCACCGACGAGGUCAUCUAUUACAAGACGCCGGAGAUGCAUCGUCUCGACGAGCACUUCGGCGAUCUCCAGAACAUCAUCAUUGGUAAGAUGACAAGACGCCAGGUGCCUUAUCUGAGUCCAGACCGAGAGAUCGAAUGGGUGCAGAAACUCGCCGAGCGCAUCGACCAGGUCGAGGAGAACAUACUCGGCAUCGGGGAUACACUAGCUGAGCUCGACUGCUUGCUUGCCUUUGCAGAUGCCUCUGAGCGACUGGACCUCUGCCGCCCUGUCAUGAGGGAAGAACCAGUCCUCAGGAUCCGCAAGGGCAUCCAUCCACUUUACGCUGUCAACUGCCACACAGGGUACAUCGACAACGACACGAUGAUUGUGACGGGCGCGAACGGCUCGGGCAAGUCUGCAUACGGCAAGCAGGUCGCUCUCAUCACGUACAUGGCGCAUAUUGGGUGUUUCGUCCCCGCUCAGAGUGCUGAAAUCGGUUUGUGUGACAAGAGCUGCCUCGGCGUUCAUGAUCGACCUGAGCCAGGUAUCGCAAGCUCUGCGUGGCGCCACGAACCGUUCUCUCAUCGUACUCGACGAGUUCGGGAAAGGUCUGCUAGCUGGCGUCCUGACGCAUCUGCUAAAGGAGACUCGCCCAAGAACAGUCGUCCUGACUCACUAUCAUUUCUCGACGAGUCGCUUCCGACCAUCUACUGCCACAUGAAGAGCGUGCUGGUUGAGGGCGCCAAGCAGCUGACGUACCUCUACAACGAAUGCUUGUCCAAGUUUCAGAUCACGAAGCUCAUUGACGACGGGCUUUCGGAGCGCGACCUGCAAGAGCUCGAGGACGCCGAGGACCUCGCCAAGCGCUUUCUGCGCUGGGACCUUGGCGCCAGUGACGGAACCGGAGUUCUGGCCGACCUGCGGGAGCUGCUUGGCGACAUGGAGCUGGACGUCGAGUCCGAUGCGGAAGCUGAGAUCGGUAUGGGCUCUGGUACCACCUUCCUCGAGCACCGGCUGAGCACCACGCGGUCGGAGCUGUCGUCAGUGAGGGCAGAAGCCCUUGUCAACGAUGAGAACGCCGGCUCCCCCAUGGACGCGGCCUUAGAUUAG